AUGUUUUUCUAUCUCUCCUUCCUUCGUCCUCCUCCAACCCAAGCACCUUUAUCGUCUCCGAUCUUAAUAACGCCCCAAAUAUCCAACGACCUGCGCACAGAGCCUUUCUUAUCCGUUCAAGACCUGUACUACUCAUGGCUUCAGGAACCCGAACCACGCACGGCUAGAAAUGUCGCGCCAAAAGGACCAGUGUUCACCCAACCGACUAAAUUGACAACGUACAGACAAGCGACGGCGUAUAAAGAGAUCCCCGUUCCAUUACCCAAAAAUCUGCGCGAAGGACAGCAAUGGAGGCUUAUUCUUAUGGUGCAGAACCGGAUGGACAUCCUGAGCAUUGAUUUGGGGAAAGAGGACAUCGGUGCUGGGAUACCUUUUCCUGUUCUUUCGAUGCCUAUCUUGUUCACUGCGAGAGCUGGCAGAUGGGCACCGAAGCAGGAGCAGAUCGAGCGAUUGUACAGGUUCUCUGUAGCACGACCAGAGCUACCUUCUGUUCCAGAUGGUGGACAGCCAUCACCUAGCACGGCCGGUCCAUCUGUACAAAAUGUCGCUCUACGCAUUCGAGAGCAGACUUCUUUUGAUCUCGACAAAAAAAUCUGGGAUAGUGGGAUUGGAUUGAGUUCUUGGCUUGUCAAAUUGGCCGAGAGCUCCUCAACUGGAGGGUUCCAGCUUGGCCAAGAAGGGUCCGCCUUGAGGGAGAGGUUGAAGGAAAUCAUCUUGAAUACCUCUCGACAGAGGAUCCUGGAGCUAGGUAACGUCCUCCCAUCUACCCCUUUCCCGUACAACAUGAUAACGCGAUUCAAAGGUGCUGGCAUCGGCAUCGUGGCUCUAGUACUUUCUGUCUUGCGAGCCAACUUCCGAGCUACCGAGAGUGCAGAAGAAAGGGACGAGAUUCUCACCACCGAUCUGGAUUCGGCCAUCCCCCUCCUCGAACACAACAUCGCCACCAACCAACGAUUCUACCCCUCCGUAGAGUUGAAAGCGGGUGUUUUGAACUGGGAAGAAGACUAUAUCUCCCAAGUCAAAGAAAGCGGUCCCAAAUUCGACCUUGUCGUGAUGGCUGACGUGACAUACAACACCUCAUCAUUCCCGGCUCUCGUCCAGACACUCAAGAGUAUUUUGCAAGCCAACGAGGAAAAGAAACCUCUUAUCGUCCUGGGGUAUAAACAACGAGAUGAAUCGGAAAGAUCUCUGUGGGAGAUGGCAAAGGAGAUUGGGAUCGACUUUGUGCCAGUUGGCGAGGUGCCGGGAUAUGGCGAAGCGCCGAUCGAGAUUUGGAUCGCAUAA